GCCUGGCCGGCCGCAGCGCUCUGUGUGCGGGGAGCCAGUAGACAGCAGCGCGGUGCGGUCAUGGUGCAGAAACCACGGAACGGCGGGAUGUUCCCCGCAGCGCAGGCCGACCAGAAGACACUGAAAGUCGGCUUCGUGGGUCUGGAGGCCGCGGGGACCGAGUCCAGCAGGGACGGAGCUCUGCUGAUCGCAGCAGAUGAGGGUCCCAGGAGGCAGCGCAGCAGCGUCUCUGGAGGAAAGAAACCUCCCAAACGAAACGCCGUCUACAGACGACUUCAGAACUUCCUGUACAACGUUCUGGAGAGACCACGAGGCUGGGCCUUCAUCUACCACGCAUACGUGUUCCUGCUGGUGUUCUCCUGUCUGGUUCUUUCUGUGUUUUCCACCAUCAAAGAGUACGAGAAGAGUUCAGAGGACGCGCUUUACUUCCUGGAAGUGGUCACCAUCGUGGUGUUCGGGGUGGAGUACAUGGUGAGGAUCUGGGCCGCCGGCUGCUGCUGUCGGUACCGAGGAUGGAGAGGAAGGCUGAAGUUCUCCAGGAAACCCUUCUGUGUGAUCGACAUCAUGGUGUUGGUAGCGUCCAUAUCGGUGUUGGCUGCGGGGAGUCAGGGGAACGUUUUCGCCACGUCAGCGAUCCGCUCGCUUCGUUUCCUUCAGAUUCUGAGAAUGAUCCGAAUGGACCGCCGAGGAGGAACCUGGAAGCUCCUGGGCUCAGUGGUGUACGCCCACAGCAAGGAACUGAUCACAGCCUGGUAUAUCGGCUUCCUGUGUCUCAUUCUGGCGAGUUUCCUCGUUUAUUUGGCAGAAAAAGAAGACAACGAACAGUUUGAGACGUACGCCGACGCCCUCUGGUGGGGACUGAUCACCUUGACAACCAUUGGGUACGGAGAUAAGUUCCCCAUCACCUGGAACGGACGCCUGCUGGCUGCAACCUUCACUCUGAUUGGAGUUUCAUUCUUUGCUCUGCCUGCUGGGAUCCUUGGUUCUGGUUUUGCUCUGAAGGUUCAGGAGCAGCACAGACAGAAGCACUUUGAGAAGAGACGCAACCCAGCAGCUGGACUCAUACAGGCGGCUUGGAGGGUGUACUCCACAAACCUGAGCCGAACCGACCUCACUUCCACCUGGGAUUACUACGAGACGUCAGGGUCUGUCCCCAUGUACAGGCUGAUUCCUCCUCUCAACCAGCUGGAUCUACUGAGGAACCUCAAGAACAAGUCCGGACUCUCAUUCAGGAAGGACGCCCAGCCUGAACCGUCUCCCGGUCAGAAGGUCAGUCUGAAGGAGAGGGUCUUCUCGUCUCCCCGGAGUUCAGGGACCAAAGGGAAAGGUUCUCCUCAGCAUGUUCAGGCCCUGCGACGGUCCCCCAGCAUGGAGCCCAGUCUGGAGGAGAGUCCCAGCAAGGUUCCCAAGAGCUGGAGCUUCGGAGAACGCAGCAGAACCAGACAGGCCUUCAGGAUCCGAGGAGCUGCAUCCCGCCAAAAUUCUGAAGAGGUCAGCCUGCCUGGAGAAGACAUGGCCGAUGACAAUAAGAGCUGCCACUGUGAGUUCGUCCCGCAGGACCUGACCCCGGGGUUAAAGGUCACCAUCAGAGCCAUCUGUCUGAUGCGGUUCAUGGUGUCUAAGAGGAAGUUUAAGGAGAGUCUGAGACCGUAUGACGUCAUGGACGUGAUCGAACAGUAUUCAGCCGGACACCUGGACAUGCUUGCCCGCAUCAAGAAUCUCCAGUCCAGGGUGGAUCAGAUCGUCGGCAGAGGAACACCAAUCACAGACAAAGACCGUCCCAAAGCAGCCAGCGAGGAGGUCCCUGAGGACCCGAGCAUGAUGGGACGGCUGGGGAAGGUAGAGAAGCAGGUCCUGUCCAUGGAGAGGAAGUUGGACUUCCUGGUAAAUAUCUACAUCCAGCGAAUGGGAAUCCCUCGAGCCGAGACCGACGCCUACUUUGGAUCCAAAGAACCCGACCCGGCCCCGCCCUACCACAGCCCGGUGGAUCAGCUGGAGAAAAGCCACGACCUGGUAGAGAAGGCUCGGUUCGGGAUGAAGAUGGUCCGCUCCAGCAGCUCAACCGGACACAGAAACAACAACGUCCCCACCUGCCCACCCUCUACCUCCUGGCAACCAAUCAGCUCCCAGCUGCACCAGCAGGCCCCGCCCCCUCCUCAGCGUAGCCAUGGCAACACUCCGAGUCCGGUGGGGGACGGGUCGCUGGUUCGACUCCCGCCUCCUCCGGCCGGAGAAAGACACGGCGGGAACCGAACGCACCGCCACAGCGCCAGGGAGGAAGUGAAGCCGGAUAGUGACACCUCCACCUCCAUCCCAUCUGUGGACCACGAGGAGCUGGCGCGCUCCUUCAGCAGCUUCUCCGUCUCACAGUCCAGAGAGAACCUGGACUUCCUGAGCAGCAGCUUCUACCCCCCCGCCUCCACUCCGGGGGAGCGGGGGGAUCGGGGGGGGGACGGCGCCGCCCGCUGCGCCACCGUCCGACCGUACAUCGCCGAGGGGGAGUCGGACUCCGACUCAGAGCUCAGUGCUCGCUCGCCGCGCUCGGAUCGGGCCUGGACCGGAACCAAGUAGAACCGGCCGUGAACCAGAACACGAAACUGUGAAACUACAAACACCAGCUGGACGUACGGAGUGAAGCAUCAUGGGAA